UGGCUCAUCGGAGCCAGCGGGACUUGCAUCCUCGCCCACGCUAGCUUUAUGGACAAACCGAUCGAGAAUGCUUUUUCCGAGGAGGCGGUCUAGGGAUGGUCUCUCCGCGAACUCCAAUAAUAAAAAGAUAUGGACCAUCGAAGUCGGCGGGGACGAGGGCUGACUUGAUACACAAAAGAUUUGAACCGGGUUUAAUCAAUACUAGGCUUAUUACUAAUGGUGCAGAGGAGUUUGGCGGUUAUUUGGGGGGGGGCGAAAUGGGUGGGAAUGAUUUUGAUACGGAGCCGGAGGAGGACGAGGUAGUUACUGAGGAGGUGUUGUUACAACGGGCCCUGGAGGCCAUUAGAAGAGCGGAAUCGAGGGGUGAGCCGGUGGAGAUGGGAGAACGGGAGUGGCAGGCAUGGAUGAGACACCAGGUGAUGGAGCAGGAGAUUGAGAAGCGAGUGAUGGCGCGGGAACGGGAACGGGAACGGGAGCGGGAGCGGGGGAUUCAAUGGGAGAUGAUGGAGGUGGAAAGGCAACGGCAAUUGGACCAGCGAAAACCAAGUCCAGCCCGUAGCGAGCGAAAUCACCGGAGCCCGAGCGUGAGCAGAACCCGCAAUGGCAGCGAAACACGAAAUCGAAGCCGCAGCGGGGCGGGACCAUACGGGUUAGGUGUAGGCAAUGCGGGAGAGCCGGGUUUCCCGGGAGACGGAAAUUUCCCCCCAAUGGGUUACGGUUACUCAUCCUCCGCCAACUCCUCCCCUAAAAUCUCGCACUCCUCCGCUACUUCUUCAUCGCGACUGGAUCGACCAUAUAGCCGACAAUCUCGAGAUUCUCGAAUGAUCGCAUCAUCGGAAUUGGAGCAUCACAUUCCUCCUCGCUACGCCCGUGACAUCGACCCGCGCGUUGCGGUCCCAGUAUACUCGACCACUUCCUCCUAUGAAGCAAGCAUAUCACCCUCGCCAUCAUUCGUGGAACCAGCAUCUACCCCUUCACGGCACAGGAGAUCCAACUCUAUAAGCAGAAAUGUUGGGUCGACGCCUAGUUUCCCGCCCGGGGCAAGCUAUUAUCCGGGAACGCAUCCUAGCAUACCAGCCAGUUUGUCGGUGUCUGGGUUGGUGGGGAGUGACCGAGAGGAUAGCAGCAGCGGGGGCGGUGGUGUGAGGUCGAGGGUGAGGAGGGGUUUGUAGUUAAAAAAGUUUGUUGGUCCUGUUUCGCUUGUCUCUUGUUAGAUUUCGGAAGGGGUUCUCCUUUUGUUUUUGUCCUUGCUUUGCUUGUUGGCUUUCUGAUAUUUUCCUUUUUUCUUUUUUGGUCUUUUCUUUUCUUUUCUUUUUUUCCAUUUUGUUAUUAUGAUGUUUGGUUAUAUAUAGGCUUGAUUGGUUGUGCGAUUAGUAGUGGUUUUGAUGUCUUGUGUGAGAGGAGGGAUGGAUAAAUGCACGGUGAAUGAAUACAUAGUGGCUCGAUUCCAUUCGACUUGGAGUAAAAAAAAAAAAGGAAACGGAGAAAAAUAUUAGAGUACUGGUAUAGUUUUCCUUCCUCCUCGUGUACGGUGGCGUUUGCUUGGGUGUGUGGUGUGCGAGGUCGGAGGGAUAUCGUAUUGCCCCGAGGCACACGAAUACGAGCGCCGCAACCCGAGUAAGAUGACACUGGCACAACUCUACUGGCUCCACCGUACUGGUAUCGUGCCGGAGAAGUACUGUAACCAUCAGCUUCCCCCCCCCCCACCCUCCCCGACCAAUCUCGUCAGCCAGACCACCGACCAACAAUCGGAGUGUGCAAAAAAAAAGGAAAGAAAAAUGAGCACUUUCGACGAGUGUUACCGCGAAAUCCCGGAUAGAAAUGUGCUUGGACGUUAGAGCGGUAGCUGUCUCGCCUCGCAAGGAGCCGUGAAUAUUCCUUUUUGUCCUGUCCCAACCGAGCGCCGAGCUUUGCCGUCUUUCCUCUUGCGUUCGCGCGCACUAUAGUAUGGCUAUCCACGGCACCGGUAAAGCACAGUUACGGUACGGCAGUAGUCCGUGAUGUACUC